CAGGUCGCAUAUUUGGCAGCAAGAGCACACAGAGCACAGUCCUCUCCUCUCUCUCUCUCUCCCCCGUGCUUCCCAUUUCUGCUUCUUCGCCCACAAAUUUCUCAGUCUCGAAAAGGAUUCGGCAGGGAGGAGUUCGGAAGAGGAGCUCGAGGCGAGACGAGAGAGAGAGGCUGUUUGAGGUGUCAGUUCAUUCGACUACUUAGAAGCACACGAGAAAUAAUGGUGCUUGGGCUAAAGUGAGACCGUCUCAUAAUGCUAACACUUUUACGAGAAAUGGAAGAUCAUCGAGUCCAUGCUAUGCCUGACUAUCUAGCCUCUGCAUGUGUAGGAUUUUUUCUCUGAAGAUCAUCAGAUGAAGCAGUUAGGUAAUAAGAUGUAUGAUCAAGAUUCCCCAUCGAGCAAUUCUGGCCAGUCUCACCAAGAAGAAUCUGCCAUGAAUGACAGCAGUCCAAAUGAGCGACAUACCUCAACACAAUCCGACAAUGAUGAUGAUCAUCAGAAGCAAGAUCAGGACAAGACGAAGUCAAUAUCAUCCUUGGGAAAUCCUGGAGCUGCUUUUUUGCCUCCAACACUCAACUAUAGCCAAUCCUUUGCUUGUAUUCCCUAUACAGCUGAUGCAUAUUAUGGUGGGGUCUUCAAUGGAUAUGCUUCACAUGCCAUUGUUCAUCCCCAGCAAAAUGGUACCACAAACUCCCGGAUGCCAUUGCCUGUUGAGCCUGCAGCAGAAGAGCCAAUAUUCGUUAAUGCAAAGCAGUACCAUGCCAUCCUUAGAAGGAGACAGAUCCGAGCUAAAUUGGAGGCACAAAAUAAGCUGGUGAAAGGUCGGAAGCCAUACCUCCAUGAAUCCCGGCAUCGUCAUGCCAUGAAGCGGGCUCGUGGAUCGGGAGGGCGGUUCCUCAACACGAAGCAGCUCGAGGAGCAGAAGCAGCAGGAGGAGGAGGCAUCCGGUGGUGCAAGCUCCACCAAGGCCCCUGGCAAUAGGGCAUCAUGCCUUCAGAGCGGCCCCGGUUGCACGCCGCCUUCGGCAUCCGCUCCCUCUGAACCUGCAAGUGUUUCAGCCAGCAGAGAAAUGUUGGGUAACCAUGAGCAGAACCACCUCCCGCCUGCUGGAUUCCGUCCCACAAUGGGCUUCAGAGCGCAGAAUGCUGGAGACGGUAAGCUGGUUGCGAACAAUGCUAUGCACCAGCGCGUUUCCAUGAUGAGGUGAAAGUGGUCUCAGCUCUAGCACCAUCACUGCUUGGUGGCAAUUCAUCCU